AUGAAAUCCUUCCUGCCCCUCCUCUUCUUGAUCCUCUUGCGUCUGGUCUCCCCAAGCCCUGUUCACUCACCCCAGGCCUUGCUGGAGCUCCUGGGGGAGGAUCUGGCUACUCUCCUGUCAGAGGAUGAGCGGGAUCCCCCCUCGGUCCCACAAGGCUCCGUUGAGCAGCUCUUGAGCAGGCAGCGUCCCCUCCGGGACCCCUCCAACCACCCCUCGGAACACGCCUGGCUUCACCUCUUCAAAGACCUGGUGAACAUCCAAAGGAAGUUUCGGGGGCGCACCAGGAAAAUGGCCCAGCAAGGAUGCUUUGGGAUCAAGCUCGACCGGAUUGGGACCUUCAGUGGCCUCGGGUGCUAAUGGUUUCAGGCCCAUGACGAAGCCCAGACAGGGCGGAACAGCCCCC